UUAGUUAAAUUAAUUAUUUUUCCAGCAAUAGGGCUAUAUAAAUUGAGAGAUUUUACAGCAACACAGCGCAGCGCCCUUCCAGCGCCUUUCUGCCAGAAAAGGCGCUAUGUGGACACAGGCCCUAAUAUCAGACCUCUGAAUGCCGCCAGAUCAUGGUAUAAUUUGAAAUGUAGUAAGUAUGACUUAGAAAGGAACAGGUUGCGUGAUAGGAUGUAUGAGCUGGAACGGGAAUGGAGUCUGGAAGGAAUUUUAGGGAUGAGUGGGAAAAUGAGGGAGUGUUACAGGGCAGUAUUUACUUUCCUCAAAGACAUUGGAGUAGAAAAUAAAAUACAAGGGAGUUUUACCGAUUUUCCCCCGUUAGACUGUAACCUGAAGUACAUACCCUGAGACUACACACUCCGGUACAGUAGGUGGCGGUAUGCACCUUAAAACAUUGGUUGUAAUCCGCCAUUAGAAGAAGAAGAAGAAGAAGAAGAAGAAGAAGAGCCGUAUCAUCGUACAGUUCGUACUGAAGCUAACUCAUUGCACAAUUAUUUUCCGAUUAAAGCAAGUUUUUUUCCCAGUAGGUAACUAGGGUAACCAACUGUCCCAUGGGACGCUGAGUCCUUUUCGGUUAGCGGUAACAGUAGUAGUUAACUGGUUGCUACAGCAGAGCUAGGUUUAUUGCAAUCUUAGCUAGCUUCUAAUGAGCUAGCUAACACUUACCUAAAGACGUAGUUUCAACGUAGUCGGCAAGAUUCAUAUCGAAAGCAUCAAAAUUACAGAUUAAGCAUGGCGCUCAAGUCAGGAGAGGAGCGUCUGAAAGAGAUGGAGGCUGAGAUGGCUCUUUUUGAGCAGGAGGUUCUUGGUGGUCCUGUACCAGUGUCAGGAAGCCCACCUGUUAUGGAGACAGUACCUGUAGCUCUUUCUGUCCCUGCAAUUCCAGUAGUGCGACCCAUUAUAGGUACCAACACCUACAGACAGGUCCAGCAGACAUUAGAAGCCAGAGCUGCUAGUUUUGUUGGUCCUCCACCACCUGUCUUUACAGGACCAGUCCCUCCAGUACGUCCUCCCAUGCUGAGGCCGGCCUUCGUCCCCCAUAUUCUGCAGAGACCUGUUGGUCAGAGGCUGCCAAUGAUGCGUGGUCCUCCAAUAGCACCUCCUCUGCCACGGCCUCCUCCACCACCUCCCAUGAUGCUCCCACCGUCCCUGCAGGGCCAGACACCUCAGGGUCCUUCUCCGCCCAUCCAGCACAUGGCUGCAGCACCACAGGUCAGUGAUAUGGUCCCAAUGGUGUCAGCCCCGCCCACAAGACAGGGAGCCCCGCCUCCCAUCAAACCGACGCCAUCAAUCAUUCAGGCAGCACCAACUGUGUACUCGGCUCCUCCUGCCCCUGUUGGACAUAAAAGAAUUGAUGUCAGAGCUCAAAGACAAGCCAGAAUGGAGGAACUAGCAGCACGGGUUGCAGAGCAGCAGGCAGCAGUGAUGGCAGCAGGUCUAUUGAACAAGAAGGAGAGUGAAGACAGCAUCACCGUUAUUGGACCCAGCAUGCCUGAGCCCGAGUCCACCCACGCUGAGCCUGUGGAAAGUGCUUCAGAGGACAAAAAGAAAGCAAAGGUGGAGAAAGUGAAGAAGUGUAUCCGAACUGCAGCAGGGACUAGUUGGGAGGACGCCAGCCUGUUGGAGUGGGAUCCAGUGUUGGAUCAACCAGAUCUGUGUGAGGGCCAUGCAGCUGGAAAAGAUGGGACUGUGUGGAAAUGUACACUGCAGGGAUUACGCACUGGGAGAGCGCAGUCACAGAACAUCUUGCCUGAAAAGCGUGUCGAUGUGGAGCGGUGCAUGGUUGCCAAGACGACUCCGCCGUGCGUGAUACAGAGAGCAGAGGAGAAUUGCAAAGAUGAUUUCCGUAUAUUCUGUGGUGACCUUGGUAAUGAAGUGAACGAUGACAUACUGGCUAGAGCCUUCAGCAGAUACCCGUCUUUCCUCAAAGCUAAGGUGGUGAGAGACAAACGGACAGGAAAGACCAAAGGCUAUGGCUUCGUCAGUUUCAAGGAUCCAAAUGACUACGUCAGAGCCAUGAGAGAGAUGAACGGGAAGUAUGUUGGCAGUCGUCCAAUCAAACUGAGGAAGAGCAUGUGGAAGGACCGCAACCUGGAAGUGGUUCGUAAGAAACAGAAAGAGAAGAAGAAACUGGGCCUCAGAUAGUGUUUAUGCAAGUGGAACUGAGUGUUGUGCUUCCAGUGGACAGAUCAUGACUGUUAUUGUGAUCUGUCCAAUCAGGAGAUGUGCUUAAUUUGUAUAGAUGUUAACUUUUUUCCUUCCUUAAAUAAACUACAAUUUUUUAGUUGUUGA